AAUAUCUGCACAGGAGUAGCUUAGCCUGUACCACUGUCCUUGUAAGUCCUCAGUACCUGGGCGAGCGCGAGACCCGGCGUGCACGGAGCUGUAGUGCGCAUGCGUGACCUGAGAGGUUUCUUUUACCGGUUGGGUUAUUGAGCAGAAGAUGCCGUCAGGCGCUUCGAGCAGCCGAAUUCAAUCUCUGCGGCUCUCUGGAGGGGAUGCAUCUGGUGUGUAAACAGCGUAUUUGCGCAAAGUUGGAAAAAAUGUUGUUUUUUCUGCAACCAAAACAUAAGCAUCAAAUAGAAGGAUAGUAGAAGUUACUGUGAAGACACGGUUUGCUCUCUAAGAACAAGCUCUAUGUGCUUUAAUCUCCACGUGGAUCCCAAGGAGUCUCUGGCUUUUCAUGGAACACUACCUGAAAGUGCCAACAGCCAGGAAAUAACAGCCAUGAAUGUUGCUCCCAUCCCUCCAGCUCUAAUUCCACCUCCUCCACCUCCACCUCCUCCUCCGCCUCCACCUCCACCACCUCCUGCUCAGGUCACCUCCAUCAGCAGGCAUGACUCUGUGCAAAAGCAGCGGCUUCGCAACCUGAACUGGGAGCGCAUUCCUAAGGAGCGGGUGGAAGGUCGGAAGAGCGUGUGGAGCAGUGCUCUGACCUGCGAAGACGAUGACUUCCCCAUUGAUCUAAGUUCCCUGGAUGAGCUGUUCGGUCAGAAGGAGGCACGUAAAGCAGAGAUGAGCGACAGUUCCAGCCACAACCUGAGCCGCUGCCGUUCCCCACAGAAAACGGGCAGUGAGAAGGUUUCACUGCUCGAUCCAAAGCGCAGCAUGAAUGUUGGGAUCUUCUUACGCCAGUUCAAAACCGCAGCACAAGAGAUUGUGGAGGAUGUGAGGCGGGGGGCCGGGGAGCGUUACGGAGCAGAGAAACUGGCUGAGCUCUGCAAACUGCUCCCUGAUACUGAAGAGGAAGCACGGUUGAAAAAGUUUAACAGAGACCGUAGUUUGCUAAGAGAGCCAGACCACUUCAUGCUCUUACUGAUAGAAGUACGAAAUGUUCGCCUGCGUCUGGAUGCCAUGAUCCUGCAGCAGGAGUUCGACCCUGCAGUGACCUCUCUGUGUGUGGCGGCCAGAUGUCUGAGGGAGGCUGCUCGGGAGCUGCUGAGUUGCCACAAGCUUCACUCCAUCUUGCGCCUGGUGCUGAGGGCAGGGAACUACAUGAAUGCUGGAGGUUACGCAGGGAACGCAGCCGGUUUUAGGAUUGCCUCACUGCUCAAACUGGCCGACACCAAAGCCAACAAGCCAGGCGUGGAUCUCCUACAUUUUGUCGCCAUGGGGGCUGUGAAGAAAGACGAGGAUCUAUUGACAUUUCCCAGCCAGCUGAGCCAUGUCGGUACAGCAUCGAGGCUGUCCGAGGAGACCGUGCUGGAGGAUUUGUCCCGCCUACACAGUAGAAUAGAGACUCUGGAAAUCAGUGUGCAGGCAGAUUCAGAGAUUGAGCAGCAGAUGAGGCCGUUCCUCGAGAAUGCAAAAGUGAAGUUGAUGGAGGCUGAGGAAAAGGUGGAAAGCUUGCGUAAGACCAGCAAGGCCUUGGUGGAAUUCUUCUGUGAAGAUGAAAGCUCCUUUAAGCUGGAGGAGGCCUGUCGCAUCUUUGACUGCUUCUCUCAUCGCUUCCAAAAAGCUGUGCGGGAGAAUGCUGAACGUGAGCUGCAGGAGCAGAGGCGUGCAGAGCGGCAGCGGGAGAACCUUGAGAAGCGGCGCUCACUGGCGGUGUGUAGCGGGACUGAGCUUGACGAUUUGGGGCGCACGCUUGAGAGAAACCUGAGCUACACCUGGAGCCGCCGCAGCCUCCGACGACAGCCACAACGCUUUUCCAGCUUUCAGGACAAGACCUCAGACCCCAGUUUCCUUCAGAGUAAAGAACUUCAACAACCCCCUAAUUCAGAGGACAACAGUAAAAAUUCUCAGCCCAGUGGACAUUCGGUGAAGGACUGUGUGAAAACCUCAGGGAUAUUGAAUGGAACUGAAAUAGACUCUACGCAAGAGGAAUGUGUGUUGCAAACAGACGUUGAUGGAAAUACAGCAGCAAUGCCACACACUAUUGUUGCAUUACAGCAUGAGAGGGAGAUGAACACGUCACUCGUCAUGGGAUUAAACUCUAACAAGGUAAUGAAAGUUGAAACACAGGCUAGCAAAGCUUCUGAAAGGGUAACGCGUGUAAAAACUGUCACGGAUGCAGAAACAAACUGUACUAGGGCUAGCACUCAGGAACUGCUUUCUGAUAACGUGAGCAUUCAAGCUAAUGCCAAGACCUUACAGGGAUCCUGCCAUCUUGAAAUCUCGCCUCAGUUGGCACAGGAAGCUGGGCCAGUCAGCCCAGAAAGAGAGCGGUUGUACCCACGGGUGGGUGAGACCCUGGAAUGCCACACACUAGUGAAGGGACUUCGCUCAUAUGAAGCUCUUUCUACAAUUGGACAACGGGCAGCAACAAACCACUGCUCAAAAUGGAAAAAACAGCUGGAGGCUGAGGAAAGAGAUGGUGCUAGCUUGCCCCAGGAAGGCCUGUGUGCGUCCAAAGCACCCAACAAAAGUCCCUCCAAAAGGGGACUGGCCUCACAAAUCGGGCCUUGUAACAGCUCCGGCAUUCCAAAAGCACGUUCCAGGCCAGAGCCAAGUUUGGUUGAAGGAUCGGCAACUCCUCGUGGAUCGCGUUUAACCCCUUCACGCUCGGUCUCCAUGCGCUCGUCACCAGUCACACGGCCCAGUAAUAUCCAGGUUGAGUUAAAGCGCAGUAUUAGUACGAGGGAUAAAGCAAGUGCCCACGCUGACACGGUGAAGCAGAACUGCCAACCUAUUGAAAAACCCAUCCCUGAGAACAAGACACUUCCUAGCAGUCACCAGACGUUGGUCAGGGGGUCACCCUUGCGUGUUUCAAAGCGGUUCGCUCCCCAUUCAGAAUCCCAGAGCCCAUGUCAGACUCGCACCAUCCACAGUCCCACUGCAUCUACUAACACAAAGGCCAUCCGGACUGCAGUCAUCAAUGCAGCCAAAGCCAAAUCAGCCAAGAAUGCAGACACUGCGUCGUCUAAGACAACAGCAAGCACAAGAAGUGCUGGCCCUAAAGUCCCACGACCUGCCACUCAGCCCAUGUGGAGAUGAUUUCUGACCUCCUAAUAUAUUCCUUUAUUACUGACUGAAGGAUUUCUGAAUGUUGGUGUCUGUCUGUGUCUUUAAGGUGAUUUUAAGGUCAUUGUAUAUGCAGGCAUUUGUACUAAAUGCAAGAGGGACUAAAUGAACCUGUGUUCUUGUUUGGACUGAAGUGACUCCAAUGUUUUUUUGUUUUUUUUUCCUCCUAAACCAUCAAUUCACUCCUGUCCCUUAGCUCUGUCUGUCCAAAAUGCCAUUCAAUAAAGGAACCAUUCAUUCUGUUUGCUCGACAGGGCCUGAGACCAGGGCAUGUAAAAGGAUCCGUAGGAGGAUAGUCACUUCUCUCAGAGUCUUCCACUGAAUCAGGUGUCCCUAUGUGAUUUGUCCUCACUUUUCAGAAGGGUGACUGUUAAUGAUGGAGAAACAGUCUACAGAGCUGCAUGCAGAUCUACCUUGAGUUUGCCCACUACCUCUGAACACUAGCAUGCUCUGUGCAGGCUACAGAGCUCCUCAAACAUUGAACAUUUUUGUAAGCGCUAUUAUUUUUGGACCAGAACAUAUCUGUUCUUCUUAGCUUUGUCUGUCUGGAUGUCUUUAGUUUUCAGUGCAUCACGUGGCAUUAAGUGUAAAUGCCGAACAGGUAGAAUGAGACACGGCACUGUAGUGUAAGGACCAAAAUCUAAACAAAUUUUUAUUUCGACUAGUCUACCGAAAUAAGUAGAUUCCACAUUCUGUCCAUUGGUCCUUACACCAGAUCAGAGCAACUCUAGUUCCAAUUAGGUACAAAGUCAUUCAUUGUAAGAUGUAAUUUAGCACAGUGCACAAAAAUAGCUUAUAUGAAGGUAUAUGUUUUAAGUCUUAAUUCAGUCCCAAAGCUAUAUUGGAGAUAAUGCCUUGUACGAGUUACUGCCUCUGUUCGAGAGAGGUGUGUGAAAUGCUGUUUUUUUUUUUACUUGUUUCUCAACCUGAUGCACUUUAAACCUGAGAGAUUAAUAAUAAAGUUUGCAAUUUUGUGCUGAAAUGUGUUUAAAUCUGAAAAUAUCUAUUGUAAUAUUUGUAUUUGUAAAUAUAAAAAUCUGAAAUAAAGAUGAAAAUUACUAUUUU